AUGAGCCUAGGCCUCCUCAGUGCCGCAAGCAGAAUCUGCGACGACGUCAACCUCCUGUGGUCCAUCGCCGAGGUCUACAACGAGAGCACACAAAGACCCAGAGCCCACGAGCUGCUGGCCGGCGUGCUCUACGCGCUGGACAAGGACGCCGCGCCGCCGCCAAAGAAGCGAGUCCAACCACCACCAGUACUGGCGUAUGUGGAUGAGGACGACGACGAGGCGUUGUUCGCGAGCGCGCCUCCCCAACAAACCUACGACACGCCCGCACCAUCGACCUGGCGCCGGACGCUCGCCGAUUGGGCCGCGCGAGCCUGCGACGAACUCGCCUUGUUCCCGGCGUACCAGCGCGUCGCCUGGCGCACGUCCAGAAGAUGCGGUUUGGGUCAAAUGGUAGGCAUCGUGCCGUACGGUUUGGCACGGUGCGCGCGCAUCGUCAUAACGGACGAGCACUGGCUCUCGUCAGCGAUCCGGGCGGCCGCGGCCCACCCCUUCGAGCGCGCCGCAAUAAAGCUGCUCCAAGGGCGAGUUUUACCGGUGGAGCCAUACCGGGGCUGGCGCGUCUCCAUCCUUUUCGCGUGCGUCGAGCGGCGGUCCUCGGUGUUCGCGCCGUGUGUGAUGGCGGCGCGCCUCGCCUGGUUGUGUUCUGAAAUUGAUGACGGCGCCCCGUUCCGCGGCGAGGCGCUCGUCGCCGCGGCGUGUCAAGCCCUCGCGGGGUCGCUCGUCGAGCUGCCGCGGGCCGUGGCCUGCGUCUGCGCCGCGCGGCUCGUGCGGCGGGCGUUGUUUGGCGGGUCGCCGGCGCGGCGGGGGCGCGACCGGCGGUUCCGGAGGCGCCUGCGGCGCGCGCUGGACCGGUCGCGGCCGGCGGCGCCGCGGCCUUUGUCUCAGACGCGAAGGUUCGGCGAGGGCUAG